UCAGUGCCCACGAGAUGGGAAAUAGAGCUCGAGUUUGUUCAGUCGCUCAGCAACAUCCAGUACUUAAAUCAUUUAGCACAACAGGGUUAUUUGAACGAUGAAAACUUCAUCAACUACAUAAAGUAUCUUAACUAUUGGAAGGAACCGCAAUACGCUCGAUACUUGGUAUAUCCAAACUGCUUGCACAUACUAACGCUUCUUCAAGAUGAGCAAUUCCGUAGCAAUAUCGUCAAUCCUGACUUCAUGAAUAGUCUUAUGAAUGAUAUGGUGCAAAGAUGGCAGAAUAACGAC